UAAAAACCGCGCACCCACACACAUUCUCCCAAUCUUCUCAUAAGGCUAAGGUCCUCUCCGUCCGAGAGUCCGACUGUUAGAGUUAGGGUUUUCAUCUCCGCCGUCCGAUCAAAGUGAUCGUCUAAGAUGACAGGCAAAGCGAAGCCCAAGAAGCACACGGCCAAGGAGAUCGCCGCCAAGAUCGAUGCUGCGACCACCAACCGCGGCGGCGGGAAGGCCGGGAUAGCUGACCGGACCGGACAAGACAAGGGAGGACACGCGAAGAUGGAGUGCCCGCACUGUAAGAUUACGGCGCCGGACGUGAAGUCGAUCAAGAUUCACCACGAAGCUCGGCAUCCGAAGAUCCCGUUCGAGGAGGAGAAGAUUGUGAACCGCCACGCCAGCACCAGCACCCAGGUGGCGGAGCCGGUCAAGGACGCUAACAAGCCACGCCCCGGCGUCCGUGGAAGCCUGAAGAAGUAAAAUUUCCGUCCAAAAUCGAAUCAAAUCAACCAAAGGAAGGGCCUUUACGGUGCUUUGGGGGGUAAAAUUACUAGAAUGGGGUCGGACUGGGAUUGGUGCUUGGUAUGGUUGGGAAGUGGGUUUAAGGUUAUUUUGGGUACUUUAUUUGGAAUUUUAUGAUGGGAUGUAUAAUAGCUUAUGUGUCUUGCUUUCUAUUAUGCCUAAGAUGAUGAUCAAAUCAAUGUUUGAGAAUUGAUUCCAUGUGCUUUUUAAAUCAGUUUCUUUCUUGAUGUUGUUGAUCUUUGAUCGUUAUCAAUGAAUAUCAUAUCAAAUAUCAAUGGUGGUUUGAAGACUC